UCAUCACCCACACACGCACAACUUGACGGCAUCGACAUCAUCUCAUACGUUACAUCUGGUUGAGCAAUGGCUAUCAACUACCUGAUCCUGCUGUCGCGGCAGGGCAAAGUGCGUCUGGCCAAAUGGUUCACUACUCUUUCGCCCAAGGAUAAGGCCAAGAUUAUCAAAGAUGUCACUCAGCUUGUCCUUUCAAGAAGAACCCGGAUGUGCAAUUUCCUCGAGUAUAAAGACACCAAGGUCGUCUACCGACGAUACGCCUCCCUUUUCUUCAUCGCUGGCUGCUCAUCGACCGACAACGAGCUGCUCACCCUAGAGAUUGUUCACCGCUACGUCGAGCAGAUGGACAAAUAUUAUGGCAAUGUGUGCGAGCUGGACAUCAUCUUCAACUUCCAAAAGGCAUACUUUAUUCUUGAUGAGCUGUUACUAGCUGGCGAGAUGCAGGAAAGCAGCAAGAAGAACCUUCUCCGAUGCAUCAGCCAGCAAGACAGCCUUGAGGAUAUGGAGGUAAGCCCGAUUUUAUUAUCAAUCUCAUUGCAUCCCCCACCCCCGCUUUUUUUAUUUAUUUAUUUUUAUUUAUUUAUUUGCAUCUCUGCAAUAUUGCAUCAUUGAAAUAUGCCAUAUCCCGAGGCUGACGCUUCGAUGUGCCCAGGUCGAAGACGACGGCGUCACCAAGAUUGGAUGAGACGAUAUAUAAUCCCUAUACACUUUUCUCCUAUUACAGCUUCUCAUCGGGCGGCGCUCUGGUUUGGAAGGGAUACUAUAUACGCAUCAUCAUAUCCGUUGCAUCUUCUUCAAUUUUUACCCCAAUUAACCACAUCAUGUCUUUUUACAGUCUCAAGAAGAAGAUGUUGCUCGACUACGCGAACUCGGUCUGUCUUGAAAGAGAAGAUGAGGAUAAUCACGAAUAUUUACGACCAGUGCAGGGGAGUUGUUUUUCUUUUUGGUUGGAACAUGGCUAGCAUAGCAUCAGGC